AUGCCCCAACCCCGAAUCGCCAUUGUCGGCGCUGGCCCCGCCGGACUCACUCUAGGCGUCCUCCUGCACGCACACGACAUCCCCUUCACCAUCUUCGAGCUGCGCCAGAAGCCAACAGCCGAAGAAUCAUCACAACCAUCCGGGAUGCUCGAUCUGCACGAAGGAUCCGGCCUCGCCGCAAUCCGCGAAUGCGGCCUCUACGACCAAUUCCUCAAGCACACAGGCGACUGCGCCGAGACGCAAAAGGUCGCAGACAAGGACGGCACGAUCCUCUACAGCAACGACGACGACUCGGGCCAUCGCCCCGAGAUCGCCCGCCACGCGCUCCUGGCCAUCCUCACCACCCCACUACCAGAAGCCUCGAUCAAAUGGGGCUGCAAGCUCCUCGCCGCAACCAGCACAGAGACCGAGACCGAGACAGAGCUGGAUUUUGGGCCCCACGGCAAGCACGCGUUCGACCUCGUCAUCGGCGCAGACGGCGCCUGGUCCCGGGUCCGCGGCCUCCUGACGGAUCUCAGGCCGCACUACGCAGGGACGCAGAGCGUCACGCUGACCAUCCACAAUAUCACGACGCGGUACCCCCGCCUGGCGGCGCUGAUCGGCCGCGGGAGCUUCUGGGCGCUGGGGCGGCGACAUGGGGUGAUCACGCAGCGGGGGCCGCGGGACUCGGCGCGCGUGUAUGUCUUCCUCACGGCGGGGGAUGAGCGGGUGGCCGGCGUAAGCAAGGAGGAGCUGCUGGGUGACGAUGCGUUGCUGGGGAGGUUCGGUGCUGACGUUCAGGAGUUGGUUGCUGUUGCGUGCGAUGAGACGGCGGGGGGCCCCGGUGGUGCGGUUGAUGUCAAACCGCUGUAUAUGCUGCCUGUUGGCGCUGCGUGGGAGCACAAGGCUGGUGUGACUCUUGUUGGGGACGCGGCGCACCUGAUGUGUCCGUGGGCCGGGGAGGGGGUCAACCUUGCUAUGUGGGAUGCGCUGUUACUGGCGCGGGUCAUUGUACAGGCGUGGGGAGCUGGGAGGGAUGUCGUGCGGUUUCAGGCUGCGCUGGAUCCGUUACUGAGGCGGUUCGAGGAAGAUAUGGUGGUCCGCGCGAGGGAGAAGGCGGAGGAGACGUAUAGUAAUGGACAGAUGAUGUUUGGGGAGGAUGGAGCGAACGCUUUGGCUGGGUUCUUCUUGAGCGUUGCACAGUGA